AUGGCGGCAGAGCAGGGGAGAGCGAUGGAGGAGAUGGAGCGGAGCAAGUCUGCUGCAUGUAAGCUGGACAUGAAGAUUGCAUUUGAAAACUAUAAGUAUUUUAAAAAUGGUGACAUCAUCAUUGGUGGAAUCAUAAUGGUAAAUAACCAAGUGCUGCAGCUAGCAGACAAAAAAGACUUUCCUCGUCGAGACUACAGAACCGUCACACUGUGUCAUGCCCCUUAUCCUGGAAGUUACAAGGACCUGGUUUAUUUUCUUUAUGCUUUAGAACACAUAAAUAAUGACCCGGACAUACUCCCUAAUAUCACUCUGGGAUAUCACCUGUAUGAUGCAUGUGGAGAUACAAAUAAAGCUAUAAGAAACACAAUAGAAAUUGUAUCUGGUCCAGUGACAACAGUUCCCAACUACUCGUGCUGGAGACAGGGAAACAUUGCUGGACUGAUUGGAGAUUUUGUCUCUGGAACAUCCAUUUCUAUCGCCCAGAUAUUAAGUAUUUAUGGAUUCUCACAGAUAAGCCACGGGGCAACUGACCACAAAUUAUCUGACAAAGUUUCCUAUCCAUUCUUUUUUCACACAGUUCAUAAUGUUCACGUUUAUUUUGAAGUAAUUGCAGAUGUAUUAAAACAUUUUUCCUGGAACUGGGUUGACAUUAUCACCAGUAAUGAUGAGGCUGGAGACAGAGAACAGCAACUUCUUACCAAAUACCUUGAAGGUUUUGGCAUUUACAGUGAAGACUGCACAAAAUGUUUGGAUACUGAGUGGCCAAAUGAUGUGAAGACCGAGUGUAUUCCUAAAACUGAAGAAUAUUUGUCAUACUCUACUGGACUUGCUAUUGCUCUCUGUUCUGUCUCCAUCCUCUUUCUGAUUAUCACCAUUCUCAUAAUGAUCGUUUUUAUAUUAAACUAUAGCACACCCAUUGUAAAAGCUAAUAACAGGAAUCUGAGUUUUACUCUUCUUGUAUGCAUUCAAAUGUCAUUUGUCUGCGUAUUUCUCUUUAUUGGUCGCCCCACUGAUACAACCUGCAUGUAUCGACAAGUCUUCUUUGGAAUGCUCUUUUCGGUUGCUGUUUCUUCUGUUUUAGCCAAGACUAUUACAGUCUAUGUCGCUUUUAAAGCUUCCAAACCUGGAAGCCACUGGAGGAAAUUAACUGGGACCAAAAUGUCAAAUCUUAUAGUCUUGUUUUGUUCUUUAGUACAAGUUAUAAUCUGCAUAACUUGGCUGUCCCUUUACCCUCCUUACCAGGAACUGGACCCUCACUCCUACACUAGAAAGAUCAUUGUUCAAUGCAAUGAAGGUUCGGUUAUUGGCUUCUAUUCUGUUUUAGGCUAUAUGGGGUUUCUGGCAUCUGUCAGCUUUGUUAUAGCAUAUUUAACCAAAAAGUUACCAGAUAGUUUUAAUGAAGCCAAGUACAUCACCUUCAGCAUGCUGGUGUUCUGCAGUGUCUGGAUUGCCAUGAUCCCAGCCUAUCUGAGCACCAAAGGCAAAUAUAUGGUGGCUGUAGAGGUUUUUGCCAUAUUAGUUUCAAAUGCUGGACUUGUAGGCUGUAUAUGUUUACCCAAAUGUUACAUUAUUUUAUUCAAACCGUCAAUUAAUACAAAAGGUUACAUUCUUAGUCAUGGAAAAAAAUGA